AUGGACACUGAUGGACAUCGUCGGUCGUUCCGGCGCAGCUCGAGCGCAGGACGACGUUCGAUGCAGAGAAGAGACUCAAAUCUCUCAAACGCAGCUUCCAUUCUCUCCCAGGUGGAAAUGUCGAGUGAUGACAUUUUCAGUGGUCCCAUAUCGGAGUCAGUGCCGUCCAGUGUCACGGGCUUCCAAUAUGCCCUUCCCCGACGCCGCGCCGGGAGCAUCGCCAGCUUCACGUAUUUCCAAGAGCAGGAGGAUCAAGAGACAACCCCAGACUUCUACUCCGAUGAGGAAGCGGUCGAGAGCGACGACGAGCUGGGCCACGCACUCGAUGAAGCCCGAGAUUUGGAGGCUGGUGUCGAGCAGGAAGCUCCCAGGCGCAAGAGUUCGGGUCGGUAUCGAUCGUCGGCAGACCAACCACUCCUCCGAAGACAUGAGUCGGCGCGAAGCGACACUCAAAAGCACGACGAUGGCGGCAAUUUCAGCCAGAAGCUGUAUAUUGAGACCGAGGAUUUGACAAUGGCCAUUGCGGGCUUCAGAACCAGCAACCUGGGCUACCUAAUAUACCUGGCAAUCUGUGUUCUAACCGCGGGUAUUGGAUAUCUUGUGUUCCGCUGGAUGCCGCGAUGGCGUAUGUCUCUUAUUGGAUCUCCUGCCCCUCUCAGGAAAUGCUCUUGGGUUGUCGUAGAGAACCAAUGGGGCGAGUUCACGGUACACAAUGUGUCUUCGGAGGAGUAUGGCCACCCAAUGUCAACCGUCUUUACCGCACCGAGCAAAGAGAAGAUGAAUGGACAUCGGUACGACGAAGAUGCCGAAUUACCUCGCCUUAGAUUUGUCGACUACCGGUACAUGAGGCUGCUGUAUCAUCCACUGGAAGACAAGUUCGUGUUGAACAACGACUGGUGGGACCCGCAAUGGGUUUCCGUCAAAGCUCUUCGCGAAGGACUUGAUGCCGAGGAGAGGGAGCCACGGGAACAAGUGUUUGGCAAGAACCUGAUCGAGAUCCAUCAAAAGACCAUACCUGAACUGCUGCUGGAUGAGGCAUUUCAUCCUUUCUAUGUCUUUCAGAUCGCUAGUCUCAUCCUCUGGUCGAUGGACGAGUACUAUUACUAUGCAGCAGCCAUAUUCCUGAUAUCAGUCUUCUCCAUCACCACCACUGUCAUCGAGACUCGUUCGACGAUGCGCCGCCUGAGGGAAAUCUCUCGCUUCGACUGCGAUGUGCGCGUCCUUCGCAACGGCUUUUGGCGCGCGGCACUCGCGAGUGAACUUGUUCCGGGGGACGUCUAUGAGGUCUCCGAUCCUUCGCUGACUCAACUUCCUUGCGACAGCCUGCUUCUUGCGGGUGACUGCAUCAUCAACGAGAGCAUGCUGACAGGUGAAUCUAUUCCCGUCUCAAAAAUUCCUAUCACCGACGAGGCGCUUCCCUAUGUCGAUCUUGGGGCCACGUCGAUUCAUCCAAGUGUAGCUCGGUAUUUUCUGUUCUGCGGGACGAAGAUCAUUCGUGCUCGACGACCACAGGAUACCGAUGAUGAUGAAGCCGUCGCUCUCGCCAUGGUUGUCCGCACUGGCUUUAACACGACCAAGGGUGCACUGGUCAGAUCCAUGCUUUUCCCCAAACCGUCGGGUUUCAAGUUCUACCGCGAUUCCUUCCGAUACAUUUCAGUCAUGGGCUUCAUCGCCGCGAUUGGUUUUGUCGCCUCCUUCAUCAACUUUGUCAAGCUUGGUCUGGCAUGGCAUCUCAUCAUCGUGAGAGCCUUGGAUCUCAUCACCAUUGUAGUUCCUCCAGCUCUCCCUGCAACCCUGACUAUCGGCACCAAUUUCGCACUGUCAAGGCUGAGGAAGCAACAAAUCUUUUGCAUUAGCCCUCAAAGAGUCAACGUGGCUGGGAAGCUCGACGUGGUUUGUUUCGACAAAACAGGAACGCUGACGGAGGACGGCCUGGAUGUGCUCGGCGUACGCCUUGUGCAGCACCCAGAGAUUCGGUUUGGUGACAUACUAGAGGAAGCACGCCAGCUUCUUCCUCCGGCUCUGUACGACCGCGACCCAACCAUCGACUAUCGGGUCAACAGGAACAUGCUGUACACGAUGGCCACCUGUCAUUCGCUCCGACUUGUCGACGAAGAGCUGAUCGGCGACCCGCUCGAUUUCAAAAUGUUCCAGUUUACUGAGUGGUCAUUCGAGGAAGGCUCUCGCAACACAAGUCAUUUCGUCGAACCAGGAACGCAUCAGGCUGCUCCAAGCGUGGCUCGACCUCCACCUGGCCUCGAGUACGACCUGGACGAGUCGCAGGACAACGACAACCCAAUCCGAGUCGAGCUCGGGAUUUUACGCUCCUUCGAAUUCGUGUCGCAUCUGAGACGGGCCAGCGUCAUUGUCCGCCAGCAAGGUGACCCUGGUGCCAACAUUUACGUAAAGGGUGCCCCCGAGGUCAUGAAAGACAUCUGUACCCCGUCUAGCAUUCCUGACGAUUUUGAGGAUCUACUCAGCUACUACACCCAUAAAGGCUUCCGUGUCAUUGCGUGUGCCUCAAAAUAUGUCUCAAGGUUGAGCUGGGAUGAUAUCCAGAACAUGGACAGGUCCGACGCCGAAUCUCGCCUUUCACUCAUCGGCUUCAUCAUCUUCGAGAACAAGCUAAAGGAGAUCACCACCGAGAUCAUCGAGGAGCUCAAUGAAGCCAAUAUCCGGAACGUCAUGUGUACGGGUGACAACAUCCUCACUGCUAUCAGCGUGGCAAGAGAAUGUGGCGUCAUCGACCGUAAUGCACAUUGCUUCGUACCCCAUUUUGUUGAAGGCGACAAGAUGGAUCCGAAAGCACGACUCAGCUGGGAGAGCGUGGACAACCAGAUCUACCAGCUCGACGAAAAUACCUUGCUCCCAGCGCCGCUUUCUGCCGAGGACGACACGGGUGCUCCAUAUGAUGCGCUCGCUAUCGGUGAGUACACUCUGGCUGUCACAGGAGACGCGUUCCGCUGGGUCAUCGACUUUGGCUCCAGCGAGAUCCUGCAAAGGAUGCUCGUCAAAGGUGCCGUCUUCGCACGGAUGUCCCCUGAUGAGAAACACGAACUCGUCGAGAAGAUGCAAAGCAUCGACUACUGCUGUGGGUUUUGUGGCGACGGCGCCAACGAUUGCGGUGCACUCAAGGCUGCAGAUGUCGGUGUUUCCCUAUCUGAAGCGGAAGCGUCUGUCGCUGCACCAUUUACCAGCCAUAUAUUCGAUAUCUCCUGUGUUCCCGCGCUGAUCAAAGAAGGCCGUGCAGCCCUGGUCACGAGCUUUUGCUGUUUCAAGUACAUGAGCUUGUACUCUGCAAUUCAGUUCACCUCGGUCAGCUUUCUCUACGCUUCGGCAUCCAACCUCGGCGAUUUUCAGUUCUUGUUCAUCGACCUUGCCUUGAUCCUGCCACUAGCCAUCUUUAUGGGGUGGACAGGUGCUUAUCCGGUCUUGAGCAAGAAGCGACCGACGGCGAGUCUUGUCUCCCGGAAGGUCUUGACUCCGCUGCUUGGUCAGAUCGUGCUCCAGCUGCUUGUCCAGCUGGUAGCCUUCGAAACGGUCCAGACCCAGCCUUGGUACAUACCGCCACGAGUCGACAGACAAAAGUCCAGCGUCGAUAACUCUCAAAACACGGCGCUCUUCCUGGUCACCUGCUUCCAGUACACGCUGUCCAGCGUCGUUCUAAGCAUAGGACCACCAUUCCGACAAUCAAUGGCGACGAAUGUACCAUUCUGCGUUACGAUCGUCGCCGCACUCCUCAUUUCCUUGUACAUGCUUCUUGACUCGGCCAAGUGGUUGAUGCAGUUUAUGGAUCUGACCGAGAUGUCCCUAGACUAUGAUCUCUUCCUGCUUGCACUCGCGGUGGCCGGGUUUGCAGUUGCCUAUCUGACAGAGCGCCAUUUCUUCCCGUUACUCGCGAAAUUCAUUGGGCGGGUCAAGGUGAAACUCCGUCCUGCCCAUCCGAAGAAGAGGAAGCAGUACAAAAUCAUAGCCGAAGAGAUACAGAUGAGCAGAUAG